AGUUCGCUCUCCAGGUCAAUGCCAUCGCCGAUUUGGAUUUCUCGUGAUUCUUCCUUGAUUCCAUUCUUACUCUCUCUCGGUAUCACCAGCAAAACGAGCAUGUAUUAGAUCUGCGUUUCGGUAUUGUUCGCUCUCUGCCUUUAGGAUAGUAAUCUCUUUGAAUCGGUUGAGUGUGUUUCUUUCGAGGCAGAGCGGAGUUUUGUGGAAGUUUGAGUCGUUGUUGAGGAUCAGCUGUUCAAAUACUGGAAUGUUUUCUACCAGUUCAAUCGAUUUCCUUAUCAAGUGAUUCUGGUGAUUUGAUGAUCGGUUAGAUGUGGAAUGUGUUUGCGUAGAUGGAGAAAUCGGAAGUGAAUUCUAAGAAGUUAGUGAGAUUUUGGUGUUGGAUUGAAGUGGUAAAAGAUCAAGAAACUGUAUUAAGCCGAGGUUUUGGAAUAAUGGCGGUACCAGAAAGUGAAGAGGUUGGUUUUAAGCGCAUUGGAUUCUCAGUUAGUGAUUAUGAUGCAAAUCUUCCUAUCAAGAAAAGGAGAUUUCCGGUAGUGCAGAUCUCUCCAUCUCCAUCUGAAGGUAUAUCUUCAUUCCAUCCAGAUGGAAAUUUAUUGAAGAUUGAGCGGCCAUCUCCACCUAAAAAGCUAUCUUCAUUUAAUCCCGAUGAAAAUUCGUUAGAGGUCGAACAGCCGAGUCUAUCUGUGACAAUAGUUUCAAGUUCUAGUGCAGACACAUGUUAUGGGUUGUCAAACAGGAACCAGGACUGUGUUUCUAAUGAGAAUAAACGAAAAUCUGAUACUCAUUCAUGCUAUGUGGAUAUGGUCCAGAACGAUAUUGGGAUGCCAGGAGUCGAGUUUCCGGGACCCGGUUUGGGAGGACAUGAAGAUAAGUCCUUGGUAACUGAAAAACACUCCGUUCAUCGAUCACCGGAGAUCUACGGUGAGUUGAAGUUAUCAUCAACUGGCGUCGACUCGGAUCCUCUUGGUAGUAACAAAGAGGAAGAAAUUGAUGUAAAAAUGCCUGAAGAAAAGUGCAGCUCUUCAAUUUGUCAAGUUGAAGGAGGAGCUGAAGUAUCAGAGAAAUUGGUUUCUUACAAGAGUGACCUGAAUAAGCAGAAUUCUUUGGAGCCUGUGUUAAUGGACUUGUCUUUAAACAAGCAAGGAAGUAGCUGCCAUUGUGUCAAAGGUAACGUAGGGUCUGAUUGCGAUGAUUGAAUCAGAUGGUAGCUGGAAUAUUGCCGAGGUUGAAGACGACGACGACGAUGAUAAUAACAUAGAAGAAGACUAUGAAAAUGGCGAGGUUCGGGAAUCAAUGCAAAAAGAGGCCCGUGCUUGUGAGAAAAGAGAAAUUGAGCCAUUGGAUCAUGCUGAUUGUGAUGAUAAGAAGAUCAAUUCUGCUGGAUUGCCUGAUCAUGAAUGUUUCACAUUAGGCCCUCUGGAACAGGAAACGAAACCUGAAAAUCUGGACUCUAAGAGUGAAGACGAUGUUCAUACUACAACUGAAAGUACAUCUUGUGAGCAAGAACAUGAAGAUCUUUGUGUGAAAGAACCACUUGACGUAGAGAAUACUAUUGGUGAGGAUGUAAACAGGCCUAUGAAGGCUGCAGGAAGAAGCCAAUUAUCUCAAUAUGUUAAUAAGGACAAGUUAGAGGGCCACGACACCGCCGAUGAAAUCGAGGAACUGAUUCCGAAAUUUUCUCAGGGUGAGAUGGAGAAAGCUAUUGCUGUAGAGGUAGAGAGCAGAAUAGGGAUCUAACUUUGCCUACCAAUAUGUUGGACAAACGAUCUGGGGAAUGGGACUUUGGUCCCAACUUUUCUCCUGAAACAUACAGUGACCAGCAGAUAGAUUACCAUGUUCCUGAUCUUGAUCACGACCGAUAUAAAAUUAUUCCUGAUGGUCGAUUUGUCGGUGCUAACCGUCGCAGUAGGUCAUUGCUGGACAAUGAGGGACCUUUUUUUUUUCCAUGGACCCUCAAGGAGGAGGUCACCUGGAAGAACUCAUGGACCAUGGUGGCAAAAUGGUUAACAGAAUGCCUAGAGAUUAUAGUCUUAGUAGAUGCAUGAUGAAGUUGGUUCUUUUGAUCAACAUGUAGGAAAGUUCACUAGGAACUUUGCUGAUGACACGGGAUCCGAUAUAUCGACGACCUCAUCCUGCAUACGAAUUAGACAGACCUUUGUUCCGGGAAAGAAGGAACUUCUCAUUCCAAA